CUUGUUAUGACGGUGGCCUAUGACAGUUAACGUCGUUCUCAUUCUGUGAUAAAGGCUGAAGGAGCCCAGACUAAAAAUGUCUGGAUAAAGAAGUCUGGAUGACAGGAGUUUGAAUUAAGAAAAGGAUUACUGGAUUAUUAAGUCCGAGUCAUGGCAGAAGGCUCUACCGUGGUGGUGAAAGGAGGGUCCAGAGUGGGAGAUUCUGGUGAACAGGACAGAGGGUCACAGGUGUCACGUGACAUACCUGACCAUAUUGGGGCGGCCUCCAUGACAACCACGUUCUCUACGGAUGAGUCAAGUAUGGCCAGCCAGAUGUCCAGCAAGGUAAACAGCACAGGGGAGACUACUCCAAGGUCUGCCUUCAAGAAGGACGACGAGUACACGACUCAGUUUUUCGGCUUCACAACGAAGUCAUUUUGCAAUGGCAUUUAUAAUGCCUAUAACUGCCUACUGUUGGACGUCUUAGAGACCUGGUCAGCAUUUGUACAUCAACAGUUUUCAUCAAAAUGUGGGCUGACAGAGGAGAAGAUGAGUGCUGCGUGUGAAAACAUUCGGAAGGCACUCGUCAGUAAAUUGGACAAAGGUUUUGACAGGUUAGAAUUAUACAUGGAAAACAACAUGUUUCAUGUCCCAAAGAGUAUUGUACUUGAGGAGGACAAAGCUCAUAGCUUGUGGGAUCCUUCCGCUGAGGAUGAAGCUGAAGUGGAUCAGGAGAUAGAGGAGCUGACAGACAAAAUCCAGGCAAGUUCUCUGUCAAAGGCACAAAAGUCAGCAGGUAGGAGCUGA